ACUCAGUCCAAUAGUUGCAACUCCAUUUUACACAAAGUGUACGUUAUGGGAUUCAACCUCUGCAUGGAUGCAGUUGUAUCAGUGUUUCCAAAUGGUAGAAAGGAACUCCAUACAACAAGGUCCUGGGAUUUCUUGGGUUUUCCUCGACAAGUCAUAAGAAGAACUAGUGUGGAGAGUGACCUUAUUAUAGGAAUGCUAGACACUGGAAUUUGGCCUGAAUCACAAAGUUUCGAUGAUGAUGAUUUUUCUGCUCCUCCAAGCAAGUGGAAAGGCAGUUGUCAAGCCUCUCCUAACUUCACUUGCAACAAAAAAAUCAUCGGAGCAAAAUACUAUCGAGUCAAUGGAGAAUUUCCCGAAGGUGAUAUCCAAUCUCCAAGAGACACAGAAGGACAUGGAUCACACACCGCAUCCACAGCAGCAGGGCGGUCCGUUAGCAAGGCAAACUUAUACGGUCUUGGCUCAGGAACAGCUCGAGGAGGGGUACCUUCCGCAAGGAUAGCAGUAUACAAAAUAUGUUGGUCGGAUGGUUGCUUCGAUGCUGAUAUUCUAGCAGCGUUCGAUGAUGCAAUUGCUGAUGGUGUUGAUAUCAUUUCGCUUUCAGUAGGAGGGUCUUCUCCUUAUCAAUAUUUUGAAGAUUCAAUAGCCAUUGGAGCUUUUCAUUCUAUGAAGAACGGGAUCCUUACAUCGAAUUCUGCAGGCAAUUCCGGUCCUGAUCCUCGAACAGUAACCAACGUGUCGCCUUGGUCACUCUCAGUUGCUGCUAGUACCAUUGACAGGAGGUUUGUCACGGACGUGCAAUUAGGAAAUGGUGAAGUCUAUGAGGGGGUUUCCAUCAAUACAUUAGACCUCGAGGACCUGUACCCACUAGUUUAUGGUGGAGAUGUUCCAAAUACUGACGCAGGGUAUAAUGGAUCUCAAUCCAGGUACUGUGAAGAAAAUUCACUGGACAAAAGUAGGGUACGAGGCAAAAUUGUCCUCUGCGAUUGGACUUACAACGGAACAAUUAUCGCUGGAGCUGUUGGAGCUAUAAUGCAAGAUGAUGGCUUCAACGAUGCUGCCUUUUCUUUCCCCAUUUCUUCUACAUACUUGAGCACAAACGAUGGCAACAGAGUUUACAAUUACCUAUAUAAAACACGUAAACCAACUGGAAGAAUUCUAAAAAGUACUGAAAGGGGAUCAGAAUCCGCCCCUUACGUCGUUUCCUUUUCAUCAAGAGGACCCAAUGCAAUUACAAGCGAUAUUCUAAAGCCUGAUUUGAGUGCACCUGGAGUGGACAUACUAGCAGCUUGGUCCGAGGGUACCACUGUGACCGGUGAUAAACAAGACGAUAAACGGGUAGUUCCAUAUAACAUAAUAUCAGGCACGUCUAUGGCUUGUCCUCAUGCUACUGCAGCAGCCCUCUAUGUUAAAUCAUUCAACCCAACUAUGUCUCCUGCUGCCAUCAAGUCUGCUUUAAUGACAACCGCCACGCCUAUGAGCUCCAGUGCAAACAGUGAGGCGGAAUUUGCAUACGGAUCUGGUCAAAUAAAUCCAAUAAAAGCUGCAAAUCCCGGCCUAGUAUACGACAUGGGAGAAAAUGAUUACGUGAAAUUCUUGUGUGGCCAAGGAUACAGUACCAAGAACUUGCGGAUCAUUACAGGGGCUAAGACUUCUUGUACUUUUCAAACCCAUGCAACUCAUGUUUGGGAUCUAAAUUAUCCUUCUUUCACAAUUUCUUCCUCGAAAAACUCGAAGAUCACCCGAGUUUUUCAUAGGACCGUCACCAACGUUGGUACGCCAGUUUCAACUUACAGGGCAACUAUUGUAGCACCUGCGGGACUCACCGUUCGAGUAGAACCAAGUCUUCUUUCAUUCAUAUCAUUAGGACAGAAGCAAUCAUUCGUGGUGUCAGUAACGGCAGAGAUAAGUGAAUCUGUGCUUUCAGGUUCUUUGGUAUGGGAUGAUGGGGUACAUCUAGUUAGGAGCCCUAUCGUUGCUUAUGCUUCUACUUAA